UCCUCUUUUGUCCUCUCCUCCCUCCAUCACGAGUGGAUUCACUCUCAAGUUGAGCGCAGAGGAACACUCGCGCGGAGAGAGGAGGGAGUCAGUGGACGCACAGAGCGCGGAAGGAGGACAGAGAGAGGAGGACAGGAGCACCUUCCCACCGAGCGGAUUUUGGAUUUUAUUUUAUCCCCAAACGCAGGAACAUCAAGCGGCACUUGUUUUGCCUUUGGAAGUGAACUACUUUUUUUCUUUGCAUGCUGGAGAGUUCGAGAUACUUUGUAAACUUUGGAGGAGCGUAAAGAGCGAGAAAGGCAGAGACACUGAGGUCUGCGCAGCUUUGACCGUCCCGUCUGGAUACAUUACACAGAGGAGCGCGCGGGGUAAGAGGGAAGGGGUUCACGCUGACGCCAGCCCUCACAGGAAGGCUCCACGACGCCGUUUUUUCUGUUUUACCACUUACUCCAGAUGGAUUUAUAGUUUACUCCAAGUCUCAUUUUUGGCAAAGUGGCGCAAUUUGGUCCAAAAAAUGAGAUUACUGGUGGCACCAGUGCGAUAGUGGCUUUUCUCUUUUUAUUUGCAAAGGAGAUCUAAAAAAUAAAAACAGAUUUGAAUCAAUUUGCUCGAACAGUUCCGCGGGUUUACGUCGGCAGGAGGUAUGGAGCCGGUCAGAAGAGGCGCGCUGCUGGGAUGUCGCCUCGGGAAGACGAUGCUCCUCCUGGUUUUGUGGAAAGUGUCCAACAGCACAUCAGGAGCAGCAGGAGGAGGACUCAGCGGAGGUCCGGAGUCCUCGCCGUCGCGCUUUUCCUCCUCUCUCCCCGCCUACCUCCCAGUCCAAUGUCAGCUGAGUGGCGCUGACUCCGCCUUCUUCCUGCGGGAAGCCAAUCAGGAGGUGAUGCGAAACAGCAGCCUGUCGUCACGGACCGAGCCAUUCUUCCUCCACCAGCUAGAGCCGGGCAUCGCGGCGCCGCAGACCCUGCCCACAGUCAACUGCAGCUACGGAAACGUGAGCACCGAGCAGCCAAUCCCGGUGGAGCUCCUUCAGGGGCCUCCCCCACAUCUGCUGCCCUCCGCCAACCAGGUGACGCUGAACUGGAAGGUCAAAGGUCAAGUCGUGGUGCCUAAAGUGGGGUCAGCGAGGCCGUGGAUACAGGUGCUGUUUUACCUGAUUGGACGGCGCUGGGACGACCCCAGCUUGCCGCCUCCAUCCCUCCUCCCUUGUGUCAGAGCGUUGGCUGUCCGUGACAAAAGCGAAGAAGCCCCCUCAGCCGGCUGCCGCCUCAUGGGACCGUCCGGCAUCUGCGUUGUCCGUCUGGAGAUUCCCCCAGCCUGGUUCACACCAACACAAGUGAGAAAGAGACCUCCUGAAGCCACCCUUCCACCAGUGGAUGUUUACUACUCCAUCAUACCCAUGGAAGGGGCUCGUCAAGAGUGUCCCUCCGUUGUCAGUGAGCCAUGGAAAGCUCCGAUCUCCAGUGCGGGGGCUCUUCUGGGGCUCGGUGCAGGUCUUGGGGGGCAGUGGACUACCUUCGAUGAUGGAGGCCUUCAGGACAUGCAGAAAGCUGGUUCUGUGGAGAUGAGCAUGGGUACGGUUUCUGCCAAAGGACAACGAUUGCACUUGGAUGAAAAUGUGGAGGUUCUGGUUCCGCCCAGCCCAGUUCGGCUUGGCAAAACGGUGGCAUUUGGCAUUCACAUGAAGACGAACUCAAACACGGAGCAGUUUACGUUAAGGGUGUGGUUCCAGUCAGGCAUCAACUUCCUGGCUGUGAAACCCAGCAACCUCGUCGCGUGGGAGAUCAAACAGGAAAUGGCAGCGGGAAGCAGUUCGUUGGCAGUGAUGUGUCAGAGAAAGGCCUCCUCCACAGCAGAGAGGUUGGAAAGUUCUUCCUAUGAAGUGAUGCAGCUGGACUUUGAGGUGGAGAACGUCAUCACCUUCGUUCCCACCCAGACUCUGCACUGGAGGGUGGAAUAUCCGGACGGAAGUCAGACGAGCUCCCAGCAGGAAGAGAAAGUCUCUCACCUCUACAUCAGCAACGCCGACAUCCAAGGCAUCGUACCUCUGGCUGAGGACACAGAGGUGGUGAACACGGCCAUCCUUACUGGCAGACGAGUGGCGGUGCCUGUCAAACUGGUUACCGUGGAAACGGAUGGGCAGGUGAGGGAGGUGGAAGACUCCAUCACUUGCACUUCGACAGACGUGGACGUGGUCAAGGUGUCUCAGAACUGCAAUCAAGUCUUGGUAAACGGAAAGGAGAUGAGGGGUCAUCAGUCCUUGGCCGUCAACUUCACCUACCUCCACCUGUCCGCUCAGCUGCACCUCAACGUCUGGGUGCCGAAGCUGCCGCUGCAGAUCGACAUGUCGGACACGGAGCUGAGCCAGGUCAAAGGCUGGAGGGUGCCCAUCGUCGCCAACAGGAGACCCACGAGAGACAGCGAGGAUGAUGAGGAUGAUGACAGGAGAGGCAAAGGCUGCACCCUCCAGUAUCAGCACGCUUUGGUCCGGGUGCUCACUCACUUCGUGGCAGAACCGUCUGACCCCGGGGGGGAAAUGGUUUACAUGCUGGGUGCUGAUUGGCAGGCGGACAUCACUCACCUGGUCUUAGAUCAGCUGAAGGUAGAGAAACCUCACAUCGCAAAGCUGGUUGAUGGAGGGAUCCUGAUUGGACAGGACGUGGGCGUCACCAUCAUCCAGGUUCUGUCUCCACUGUCUGAUUCUAUCCUGGCAGAGAAGUCGGUGACCGUGCUGGAUGACAAGGUGACGAUCACAGACCUCGGAGUUCAGCUGGUUUCAUCUUUAUCCCUCAGUCUGACAGCGAGUCCUGGAAACUACCAAGCUUUGCAGCUCACGACUACAGCGUCAGAACUGCUGCACACGCUCAAACAGGAAGCCGUGUUCAGUGCAUGGAUUCAGUACAGCGAUGGUUCAGUGACGCCCCUGGACAUCUAUGACCCCAAAGACUACCUCCUCUCGGCCGUCUCACUGGAUGAGAGCGUCAUCUCUAUUACCAAUCAGGAGCAGCACUGGCCAGUGAUUGUUGCAGAGGGAGAGGGACAGGGAUCUCUGAUCCGAGUGGAGAUGGCCAUCUCAGAGGUUUGCCAGAAGUCCAAAAGGAAGAGUGUGCUGGCGUCUGGAGUUGGGAAUGUCGUCGUUAGGUUUGGAGCUAAGAGUGAGGAGAGAGUUGGACAGGAAGACAUCGGAGGACUGGAGAACAGCACAGGAGAUCAUCAGACAAAAGACGAGGGAGAAUGGAAGGACAACGGUGCAGCAGCAGACCGAGAAGAAGGAGCCAUGAGAAAGGUCAGCACAACCACCAAGAGCACAGUAACACACCGUGCUUCCGGUGGAAAAAGUGGUGGCAGCAGAGGCAGCGGUCACAGCAGUCAGCCAGCACAGGUGGAAGUACCAGGGACUGGAAAUGGUGAGCUGACCCCGACCAGCAGAGGCCUCUCAGACCUGGAGAUUGGGAUGUACGCCCUUCUGGGGGUGUUCUGCCUGGCAAUACUCGUCUUUCUCAUCAACUGUGUCAGUUUCGCUUUCAGAUAUCGUCACAAACAGGUUCCUGUUUUGGAGGCCGGAGGCAACAUGAACCACGCCCACGACUGGGUGUGGCUCGGCAAUGAGGCCGACCUUCUAGCUGACCAGUGUCAGGGCGGGCUGCCUGACGAGUGCACCACCAUCAUCGACCGGAACGAAGGAGGAUACGAGGAGAGCAAGUACCUGCUGAACGGGGCUGGGAACACCUUGGUGAUGGGCGUGGCCACAGGCGGACACCGCGGCAUCACCCAUGGACAAACCUUGCCGAGGUCGGUCCCAGAACCGCAUCAGUGCCUUUCAGCAAUCACUGCAGGUGGCAAAGACACCACCGGCCAAACAGAGCAUCUAAAUAAUUCCCCACGAGCCACGGCAGCGGUGGCGGCCGCCAAACGCAAACGUGUCAAAUUCACCUCCUAUGCCACCGUCCUGCCCAAUGAGAAUUCAAGAGGAGCGUACACCAACUCCUCAGUCCUGGUGACCAACGGGAACGAGGAUGACAUCAAGUGGGUGUGCCAGGAUAUGGACAUGGGUCAGUCUGAAAUCAGAACCUACAUGGAAAGGCUACAAGACAAUCUGUGACUGAGGGGAAAGAGACUGAGGAAUAAAGAAGCAGAGGAUGAGCGCGGAAAGGGAAAGCGGACAAUGAGUACAAUUCACCUGUAAUGCCUUUGCAAUGGAUUAUUGGAGAGAGAACGAAAAACGCUAGAAGCAGGUAUGAGGACAAAAGGGUUUUGAAAAGACUUUAAAGGGGAUGCUUUGAUUCCCCCUAAGCUUUGGUAAGGUCAUCACUAGCUCACACUCAAGCUAAAGGUAGCAAACAAUAAGUAACAUUAUAAGUUUGUCUUGUAUGACUUAUUGUGAUCAUUUUAGUGAACAAAUCCGUAUUAGUCACUCUUGCUUCUGGGUGUUUAGUUUCAGAAACCCGUUAAAGCGAUAUAUUCCUUCAUUAUGAAUCAGGGUAUGCUAAUAAACAAAUGUCACAGAGCCCUGUAAUAGAUGGAUGGAUGGACUGGUGACCUCUCCAAAGGGUCUACAACUCCUCCCCAAUGAUAAGAAAGCUCCACCCAACCAACCAAACACAGGAGCAAGAACAAAAACAGACGUUACUGAUUUGAAUAACAGAAAACUUUCAUCAGUACUUAUGACAUUUAUAUAGUUUUAAUAUAUGAACCAUUUUUGUAUUCAAUUAUGAUAAAAAGUAUCAUACCUGAAGGUCAGAUCAACAAUCUUUUUUUUCUUUUAAAUGGUAACUCAGAAAAAUAUUCCACACACUUUAAAAUGUGAAGGGUUUCUGCAGUCAGUCACUAGUGGAGACGGUAAAGUCUAAAUACGGGCGCUUCUGCUGGCUCCUCGUGACGCUUCAUGGAACAGACCGUUUCUCCCUUGGAUCCAGGACAGAGGCAUUUAUUCUUGCACAAUAACAAACUGGAAAGGACCAUUGUUGAGGCUUCAUCUGUUCCCUUCCCGUGUUCAGAACCUGCCCUGACACCAACCCCGCUUGAAUCUCUGCUGCUCUCUGAUUGGACAGCAGCGGAAGCUUUGGGGAACUGCUAUAUCCAGUGGAGCGCUGUCGGUACACUCGCCGGAGACUGACGGAUGUGUCUCAUGUGAAAUGGCUGCUUGGGCUCUUCAAAGCCUGACUGAACACUUAAUAAUGAGGAUUAUUUAAAGGAAAACACGAGCGACAAGACGGGCGGCGGUGCAAGCAGCGUCGUACAAGAAACAAUGAAUGACGUUACAAGAAAAAGCAAAUGAACAUCUAGAAAACAGCUAUCUUGCUCAUUUUAAAUAUAUUUUUCCUUUUUGUUUGUACUUUUGAUAAACAGCUUUUAUUAUGUUUUACCUUCUUCAAAUUUUCCUAAUUUAGGAAGAUACAGAAUUGUAGCUUUUUAUGUUAGAGAUUUAUUAAGGAUUUAAAAAUAUAUGAUUAUUUUCUUUGUCUUAGAUGUUCUAUUUAUUUGAAUGAGAGGGUGAGAGAUGUCAGAAAAGGCCACGGAUCACGAUGGAAAUCAACCAACCUGGCUGGUGAACGAUAGCACAUAGAGGAGGACAGAGCGGGCAGAGGUUGCCUCACCUUCGUUAAGCUCAGGUGACGAGUCCAGACGAACUGACAAUAAAAAGGAGGAUUGUACGAUUGUUAAGAUUGCAAUAUUUAUUUAUAAAUGUGUUCCUGUUUCAGAGUACACUGUAUGUUGUAAAUAAAUAAACAUGCUUCGAAGUUCUUGUGAAUACGGUUGCAGGUCACUAGCCAAUGACAUUGUGAGAUUUUGUACGUUUUACAGUGCAAAUAUGGAACAGAGUACUAUCUACCACCACAAUGUGAAAGUGAUCUCACUGGUUCUUUUUCUAAAAUGUUCCUGUCCUUGUUUCAAGUCCUGCAUAAACUCGUCUUUGUACAGGAUAGAGACCUGUUUUCCUCCAUCACAGGGUGUGAAACUGCUGGCAAUCGAAAAUUAGAAACUCCCAAAACGAAAUAAAACUAAACCAAGAGUUCAAGCGUCUAUGAAGAGACUUGUCCAAAGGACAGCUACUGUAUAAGCCAGGGUGAUUUGGAAAACUCAUAUUUUAUGUUUAAUGAUAAAUUGUUGAAAAACAAUUUACCCAAAAUUUCCAUUGAAACAGGAAGUACUGUGGUGAGAUAGAACAUAAGUCGGUUGUGUCGCCUCCACCAAAGCAAUAGACAUUUUGAAGUUUGUUACGGACACAUUACUGUAUGUAGCCUAUGCUAACAUAUUUACAAAUCAGCUGUGAACGAAAAGGAAUAGCCAGAAUUUAUAACUGCUUAUGGUACCAGUGUAGCAAAGAAUACAACUUUUAUUUACGUCACAUUUCACAGCCUUGUUUUUCAAUCAAUGGGUGUUAACUCAAGGAAACAUGGAGGGACAAUGGAUUAAAAUAAAAAUGUCUUUUGAGAUAUUAAAAAAUUGUCAUUCAAUACCCAGAAAGUCACAUGCAUUUGUCAAUCAACAGCUAGGAUUUACUGCUUGCUUACUAAACUGCUGCUUGCUUUUGUCUCUAUUCCAAAGAAAAGUGCAAACAUGUUUUAGACCAACGCCAAAUCUGACUCUUUGGAUCGUUUUUGUAACUAAUAUAAAUCUAGGCUGAUCUAUUAAUAGAAAGUAAAGAUGGAAGGAUGUAUUGUAAUGGUAAAGUCUCCAUCUCAAUCCAAGUAUGGCCACAUCCAACCUUUUUUUCCCCCCAUAGGCUAUAAGAUUCCUGGGAAAGUUUUUUUUUUUAAUUUAUUUUAUUUUUUUUUUAUAUAAGCUUGUUUUUACUGAAACAUUUGGGCACAUUCCUAGUAGCCUAAUCCAUACCAUGCUAUGGUAUAUCAUUUGACCACACUUGUGUAAUUGCUGUGUUCUAUGCUACUAAGGAACAAGCAAACCCCUGAGUAGACUUGCAGAAGUGGGUCAGAGCGCGAUUUGGUGAAACCUGGAAUCCAGACGUGGUGUAAAUUAACAUGUUAGUGUGAUAUUAAUAUAAUGAAAGACAUAAGCACCCUGUAUCUUGAUUGCUCAAAAUGGCUUAAUGUAAAUCGAACCACUUUGUACUCUGACCAUUGACUGUAUAUGAGACAUGGACAGAGUGAGUGUGACAUCACCUGUAGAAAAUAGCUUACUUCCACCUUCAACAAAAUCAUCUGGUUGUCAUUUUCUAACAGCAAUGCUGGAGUCAGAUGUCGGCAGAAAUCAGUGAUUGGUCCAAAAUUUGUAAAUCAAACGUUUUGAAUGUUUAACAUGAGGUUCAGCAGGCAUCUGAUUAGUCAGUUUAUAACUUGAAUAACUUACACUUCAGAAGAAAUAUCAUUAAAAAUUAGGAAUAUCAAGAACAUGUUUAAAAAAAGGAAGCUGAGCAAGAAUUGCUACUCUGAAAAAUACUGUAUAAUGACUGAGUAUUUCUCAUUAGAAAUCUAUGGAAUGUUGCCUUCUUGGAGCCCUUUGGCACUUCCUGUUUGAAACACCAGGGGGGCGGAGUCAAUCAGUCCAGUUCACAUAUGCAGUCAAUGAUUCUGAGAGACCGAUCUGAUUAAAUAUGCUUAGAACUCUAAAAUACCUUUUUUAUUGACCAUUAAGCUAAUAUAUCCUUACUAAUAGAUGACAGACAAGAAAAAGUCAAUUUAAGCGAGCUGUUUUAGUCUGGCAUGGAUUGGUAUGGAUUCUCUGGUGUGAAUUGGACACUGAAAGCUGACUUAAGACAAAAUAUAUGAUCUUAAGAGUUAACAUAAACAGGAAUAAGACUAACUGUGCAUGGAUGAAAUGGAUGUAGUAUCAGACAGAACUGUUGAGCCCCCACCACCACCGCACAGCAGCAGAGGACACACCAGCCUUUAAACAUCAGCUGUACUUUAAGUGCCCAGUCGAAGACUUUUGUGUUGCUGCAGCUCAGCAGGUGGCACAACUACAGAGAGAUAUUUAAUAGACCUUAAAGUGCCCACUAGUUUUCAAGCACCUGAGCGUGCAAAAUUUGUUCUCUGCAUUUCACCCAUCCCCCGAGGGAGCAGCGAGCCGCGGUACAUCCGCGCUCAGCAACCGUCUGGCGGAACCAAUCUAACCUUGAAACGGGGAAGCGUUGGGUCUCGUUUUUAGAGUUGGGGGGUAUGACCUGAACCCACAAUCUCUCAGGCUCAGGGGUGGAUUUAUGGUUGAAUUUUAGAGACGGGACAAACAAAUCUUUAUUCUGCUAUAAUUAAGUGCAACAGUGGAGUUAGAUUUUUUUUUCUUAGAGGAUUAUUCAUUGACUUUUGUAUUUCCUAUACAUCCUAUAAAUGUAAUAUUGGUUUAGUUCAGUGUCCUCCAUUGUCCAAGAAGCAUUAAAGACAUUAAUGUGAAGUUGAACAUUUUAAGAUUUAAAUCAGUUUUUAUUAUUUUUAUAGCUCCUAAACGCUUUAGGUGAAGUUUUGGAAACUGCAGCUUUGUGUUUUUACGUUUUUUUAAUUUUUGUAUUUCCUUUUAAUUCAUGCCUGUUUUGCCUUCAUCUCAGCUCAGUGAUGCUUUGACAAUGUGGGCCACAAGACUACAUAUUCCAACCAAAAGAUGAAGGGAUGACUUAUUUUCCUCUUUUGUUUUGGAGUGCUCCAACCCCCCAUGCUUAGUUUUAAAAAGGCAAAAUUUUAUAUCCAAUAUAAUUAUAUUUAUGUAAAAGGUUUUCAAAUUAGCAUUAAACAAAAAGUCAGUGGAGAGCAGUAGUUCAGUAAGUAAGCUGUCAGUAAGGAGUCUGAUAAUGGGUCAGUGGAGGAGAAACCAAUGCAAUGUUUAGUUUAAUUUCUUUCUGUUUACUGUUGUCAUUGUUUAAAUCAUGAAGCCCAAUAAAGACCUAAUACCGUCAA